CCUUCUGCCUGAUUUAUUUGUAUUUAAAAUGAUAACUCCUGUAAGAAUAUCAUUGACUUGUGAAAUGAAAUUCAUACUACACGAAUUUGUACAUUCAACCUGAACAUUUCAGCUACAUAAUACUAUUUAUACAUUUACAUGUAUAUGAAUUUCUUGACUUCCUGGAUUAAAAUAUGCCUUUAAACAUAUAUCUUCAUUUCAGUGUAAUUAUUUGUAAUAUUUCGCUUUGGAAAUAUGAUAAAAUAUGAAGUGGAUUAAAGAAGAGAUUCUACUCCAUUGGAUAUUUGCAUGGUCAGUAUUCGAUCCAAACUUUGCAGGUGGUGUAACUUACCAAAGUUGUGUUGCUGGCUGCAGUUGUUGUGUUGAUAAGAUCUGCGGUCCUGCCCAUGGGGUUCCAGAUGCGUGCAUAUACGGUUGUAUUGAUGGUCAUAGAGGUGCUAGAUGUGAUGACCUAUGUACACAUAAUUGUACAUCCUGUUCUAACGAUGCAAAUACAUGUGAAACAUGUUAUGAUGGCUUCUAUCUUGGAGUAAAUAAAGACUGUCAAUCAGAAUGCCCAGUAAACUGCAAGAAUAAUGUUUGUGAUAGUUUAUCAGGCGCUUGUGACGAAUGCAUGACAAACUACUACGGGGAGUCUUGCGAUUUGACAUGUCCUGAAAACUGCAAAGAUUCACAGACCAACGCACGUCGCUGUGUUUCCGCAAGCGGUGCAUGUAUCUUUGGUUGUAAAGAUGGCUUCUUUGGUCUAAGAUGUAAUGAAGAAUGCAGCAGUCUUUGUGUUGAUAGUGUGUGUACACAGGAAGAAGGAAUAUGUGUAAAUGGAUGUACCGGUCCGUAUUAUAAUCCGGUGUGUGUUUCUAGUUCAGAGAAACCACAAGGAGAACCCGACAAUACUUUAGCAGUGGUUGCAAUUGCCGUUUUAGCAACAAUUUUGGCUGUAGCUUCUACUGCGUUAUGUAUGUUAGUGUUGAAGACAAUCGUUGAGAAAUUACGCUCUACAGACAGGCAAAUCGAUGAGUCCAUGUCUCAAGUUCAAUAUGAACAUUCAGAAGUAGGAGAAGGAGCAAUACAAACUGAAAAUCAAACAGUUGUUUCAGAGGAAGAUAUCAUUGGUUAUGAAAGUCUCAAUAGAACCCAAGCCCAAGAACAUACGUAUGAUACAGCAAAACGUAACGUUACAAAAAGUAAGUAUCGCUCAUACAAUAUACAUACUAAGUCAAUGCAUUUUCCAAUUCCGACGUCUGAAUCAUCAUUAGAAACGUACGCAUGUAAAUAAUAUGAAUUACAAGCGGUGUCGUGGACAAAACGACACCUAAUACUUUUAAGUAUUGACCCAAAACAAAGGACAUGUGUGUUAUACCUUUUAACAAAUUAUUAUAGUUAUACGCAAAUUCAAAGACCAAAUAAAAACAUUAAAAAAUGCAAUUGCAAUGCUAGAUAUUCUGGAAGCACAGGACACGGGAAUCAGGACCGGAGCCAUGCAGUGCAAGAAAGGCCCACAACGUAUUGAAAUUUUAGUGGAAAAAUAUGAAAGAUGGGUUGCUUUAAA